ACCAAAAUGAAAAAAGUUCAACUAACUCAUAUGGAACAAAUGGUAAAAGACGCGCAUUUGGUUGAUUUGCGAGUGAAACUGAAGAUGGCAGAACAAAUAUAUAAGUACACCAAAAUGCCUACCAAACUUACCGUGGCCCCUGACGCUGCUCUUCUCGGUAUAAAUCAAAAUAUUUUAAAUAAACUCAAUGAUCGAAUAGAAACUAUGAAAACCGGGGAAUUUAAACAUCAUCAGCAAUUUUACCUGCAGAAGCAAAUGUUAAUCAAUGAAGAUCAAAACAAUUUUUCAUACAUGGACAUCAGAGAAUUCCUUAUAGAACAUUACGUUGAGAAACAAGAUAUCCCGACAAAGGAAAAACUUAUUGUCGAUCUGGAACUCAAAACUAUAUUUUGUGACAAUGAUACCCUAAAUUAUUCUCUUAAAAAUCACGGAUUUAUUUGGAGAAACCUUCCAGGAACGAAAAAGAGCAUACUUAUUGAGCAUCCGAAAAGAGUCGCUGAUAGAAAUAGAUAUUUCAAAAAGUUAAAACAAUAUAGAUCAGAGAACAGAGACAUAGUUUAUAUAGAAGAAUUUUAUAACAAUAUCUACCACAAGCAUGUAAAUAUCCCCAGGAAACAACCACGUAAAUGGUGCAUUGCAGCAAUUACUGAAAACUCUUUAAUUAAAGCCGGGACAUAUACAUAUCCAGCGGCACCCGGAGUCGAUUUGUACGUAUGGCUUAAAGAUGAAUUGAUACCUUUGUUGCCGAAAAACUCAGUUGUGGUAGUUGAAGAGAAGAUAAAUAAAGAAGUGGAUGAUUAUCAAUUUCCUGAUGCACUAAACAGUAAGGAUGAAAUAAAAGAUUGGUUAAACGUAAAUAACGUUCCUUUUGCGAAAAAUAUGCGUAAAGCUGAAUUAAUGACACUCGUAGAUAAAUUCACGAAAGAAAGAAGAUUAAUUUUGGAAGAGAUUUUAAAGUCGCACGGAUAUGAAGUGUUGCGUAAACAAAAAGGCUUCCCAAAUUUAUAUGUGAUUGCACCUUUAACAAAACAUAUGCAAGAUAAUAAUGACAAAGCACCGAGAGGGAAAUUAAGGGGACGGGAAGGAGGAAGAUUAAUGGAUGCCUUAAAAGGUUGCACUGUAGAACAAUGGAAAAAGAUGUUUGACACUGUCAAAUUAGGAGAAGAAAAAAUACUUCGUGAAGAUUUUUUACUGGAAGAAAUCAUUGAUAAAUUGAUGUCAAUGACUUCCCAGGAGAGUGUGGAGAAAAACCUGCAGUGUUUAGAUAAUUUCGAACCAGACCUAGACUAUUAUGUAGUCGAGAAAAAGACCAUAAAUUAUAACAAAACUGGUUAUAGAUGUGUAGUUUCAUAUACAAAUAUAUCACCAUCAUCAUCGUCAUUGACUUAAGAGUUAUUAUCUUUUCGGUAGCUUCUAGCUUUCCCUAUCCUGCGCCAGCUGUUCGACUUUUUGAUACGACACGACCCCUAC